AUGAUAGAGGCUUUGCGAAAGCAGGUGACCGAACAGUCCUUGAAUACCACUGAUCUGGGAACUAGAAGCGAAAAAAUGGCCGCGCAGCUAAGGGAUAUCCAAGAGGUUGUUGCAUCCAAAACUUUGCAACUAGAAGUGGUGGAUCAACGAAAACGUCGGUUGGAAGAGGAGAACUCAACACUUCGAAAACGUUUGGAACGAGCGAAGAAGAGUGAGAAGCUGGGUAGCACUGAUGCUGUGUUGAUGGAAGAGAUAAGGGAGUUGAAGUGUCAUUCUAAAGUAAUCAGUGAUCGACAUAUCCUCAUUUUUCCAGGUAUGACACACGGCAGCGGAAGUGCCCAAAAUGUAAUGCUGGUUUUGGUGCAAAUGAUUUCCAUAGGGUAUACAUAG